CGAAAAUCUGGUAGCUUUCUGCGCCGGUCCAGGAACGCCCGACGCGAAAGUCCGACCCUAGGGAGCCAUUGGAAACAUCCGGCCGGCUUGUUCACAGUCAACGUCCUGCAUUCGUAGUUAGGGGUAGGGGCCUGCCAUUGCAGGUGGGAUAAAAUAAUUUUCUGAUCGUAUCUCAUUCCGAAUAUCUCGCUGGUCUGGAGAACGUAUCGCGGAGUACGAGGGAAAAAAGAUCAAGAAGAAGAAAUAGUCGUACUUUGCCGAAUGAAAGCGAUGACGACGACCAUGGCUCCAUCACCAUAUGAAGCAACCACCCCCAGCAUUCACAGCAGCAAAAAAUAUGGACCCUCGUCACUCCGCCGAGUCCGUUUCACCACGGCGACGUCUCAUCCAAGCAGCACUUCACCUCACAAUCUCCAUCGGCAGCAACCGCCGGUGACCAUCUCGUCCUACUACCCCUCCGCAGAGGAUCCCACGGAUCAUCGAUACUCCUCCCAUCAUCACCGGAGCAGCAUCGUCGAGCCUCACCAACCGCUGCCUCAUUGCCAUUACAAGCAACAACCACAACAACACCCCCCGACCCGCCACGUGUCCUCCUCCUCAACAUCAUCGAAAGCCUCAUCCCGCUCCACCCGCUCAUCGACAUCGACAUCGAACUCCACAUCAACAACAGAUCCCACCGCCGCAGCACCGACCUGCGUCUGCCAAUGCGGGAAUUUCUUCUGUUUUGGUGGCACGCGCUGCCACACGAACACGAGGACUACGCAAUCCCACCAGCAAGAAACUGCUAAGUUUCCCACCAGGGCGAGAAUGUCGCCGCAUCGGACACAUCGAAAUUCAUACAUGCCGCCGCCGCCGCCGACGACGACGACGCCGGCGAUGUUUCCCCCUGUUGAUCACCUCUUCACGCCGGAAGAUUACUAUCGCCGGACUGGAUGAUGAUGAUGAUGAUGAUGAUGAUGAUGAUGACGACGACGACGAUGAUGGGAAAGGAAAAGAAAAGAAAAGAAAAGACCGCACGACUCCGCUUGGAGGACUUCUUCUU